GUGGCGGCUUCUUUGAUCUCUCUGACAGUUGCGUACGUACCAGCUUUAACAUGUCGUUGUCUGUUGUCUUGGUAGUCAUUUUGACUUCACUGACUUCCCUUCCGAUUGCAUUUUAUUUGAACAAAACAGAUGCAAUGAAAGAUCAGCGACUUGUUUUCGGAGCAGGGAUGUUAAGUUUAUUGGGAGCAACAGUUCUACCAGCACUUUUCAUGAGGCGGUUCUUCAGAAAUAUCGACCCAGUCAUCUAUGCCUGUGCAUGUUUCUCGUGGAGUUCAGUGAUCGACCUGUUUAUUGGACUAGAACUGGAUGGCUAUGUGUCGGGCUACAUGGGUUUCUAUUUCCUGGAGGGGGAGCCCUACCUGAAGACUGCCUACGGCACCAUGAUCAACUACUGGGACGGCACAGCUCACCUGGCUCUGUAUCUGGCCAUCAUCACACUGUACUGCACUGGGGAGAGUUAUCGCGAGGUGGGACUGUACUGGGUGGGCUCCAUCAUGAACAGUAUGAUCGUGUUUCUGCCUGGAAAUGUCGCAGGAAAGUUUGGUAUCAAGUGGUCGUACUUGCUCAAUGUACCUUACUUGCUAAUACCUAUAGUUGCUGGCUUCAAGUUUAUCAAGCAGAGGCCUUUGUUUGUCAGGUCCUACCUCAGGAUUCCCAGUCUGCUGGAGAGACCAGUUGACCUGCUGUUUGCAGUGUUCUUUAUGUUGUGCUCCAUGGUGGCAGUGUUUAGAGGUAUGGCUGUGCUGGGAGCCAAGUCUGACAUGAUGCACACCUACCUGUCGAAUGUUGAACCCUACCUCAAUGAUCCAAACAUAUAUCCAAAGAUGCAGAUGCUCGUCUACCUGUACUACUACCUGUUCUACUACCUGACUGCUGUCUAUGGCCUCACCUGUCCGGCACAGUCCUGGAUGGCAGACGUGGCUCUCAUACAUGCAGGUGCAGCAGCUCAGGCACAGUUUGUGCACAUCACUUCAUCACUGCACCAUCGCACAGCUGAGUGCUACCAUGCAGCCAUGGAAGGAAGCAGUGGCGCCCUCUUCUGGGGAGUGAAUCUAGCACUUCUGAUUGGUCCUCACCUGUUUGCCUGGCGGUGCGUGAGAAGACCUGACCUGUUUGGGGAGACUUACACUGUAAACACAGCCGAACCAAUCACUGUCUCUUCCCACCGAAAGAGGGAGUAAAUUCCAAAAUGUUGUAAACAAAGUUUUAACAAAGAUAGGUGUUUCAUCGGUGAAACGAUACUGCUAAAAAUGAAUGUGAACAGUGUUUAACAAAGAUAGUUGUUACACCAGAUGAAAAGAUAAUGUUGAGUCAUUGCUAACUAUUUUAAAGUGAUUGAAAAAGAUUGUACUUUUACUCUAAUAUUUUACAUUACCUUGGUGAAGAAAGAAGGAUGAACUUUUUGGCCAAAUUGGCAGAAUUACAUUUGUCAAAUACAUUGAUUUCAGAUGGUGUUAGAAUAAUACCGGUACCUCACCUCAUACUAUUGACUUAAGUCUAGAAAGUCAUUUUUCUACAUGUUCUACAGAUUUCCAUAAUAAUUCAUUGUUUCAGUAAUUGUAGAAUUGGUAGAAGGUAAAAGACAGUGUCAGACAGACAAUCGGAGUGGCAACAUUGCAAAGUUAAAAUGUUGCCUGUCCAGAAUUUUCUAGACUAACAAACAAAAGCAUCAAAAGGGUAAACAUAACAAUUUUACUGUUUAAUGUUAGUUCUCAGAAACUAACAAUAAACUGGUGAAUUUUCAACUUAGUAACUUUUGACCAUCGGGCAUGCAACUUUUCAAAACUGAUCAUCCGUCAGCAAAAUAGACCAUCUCGGACAUGGGUACUUUAAACAUUGUAAUAGAUUAGUGAUAUCUCUGGUAUCUGAAUCCAGUGUUAUAGUGUUGUCAUGUUGUACAUCAGACACAUUGUAUUAAGAGGUAAAUAUGAUACAUAUCGUGACAAGGCUAACAUGAUUCACUAACAUGAGAUAUGAUGUCAGAGAUGCAUACUUAUGGAUAUACAUCUCCCAUUUAUUUUAUACUCAGAUAUAUUUUGUAUAAAUAUAUGUAUGUUUAUUUGCUACUUUUACAUUUUACACACAGCUUUUGCUGUCAUUGUCGGAUUCAAAGUCAUCCCACAUAAUACCUGAGGGGUAACAUCAGGCAGCAACACAGGAGUGAACGCUCCAUAGUAGAUGUCAGUGAAAAUGUCUUGUUGUAUUUGUGAUGCAUGAAUGUGUGAUAUAUUUAAAGGUAUGUGGUUUGUGAAUCUUGAAUAUUUACAUAUUUAUUAUUUCAGUCAUAAAGGAAAGCAAUAUGACAAACAAAGAAUAUUUCUUGGGCUAUUAUUUUAUCAUACAAAACUGGCUUCCACACGAGAUAUUGCUUGUGUGAGAUCAAACAUUGUCUCCUUGGAGAUAUCACAUCAAUAAAAUUACAUCACAAUGCUUUGCAGAUCAUUAUGAUGUUAUUUGUUACCAUGAGUUUUCCUGUUAAUUAACAAACUGGUAAAAUAAUAUGCUUGAAUCAAAAUGUCACUCUACUGAAAAGGUGUCUGUUGCUUGAAUCAAAAUGUCACUCAACUAGGAGGUGUCUGUUGCUUGAAUCAAAAUGUCACUCAACUAGGAGGUGUCUGUUGCUUGAAUCCAAAUGUCACUCUACUCAAGAGGUGUCUGUUACAGUAGUAGGUCCAUAAGUAGUAUACAUCAGUUGUUUGAAUGGGUCUGUAUGUAAAUUAUCUG